AGAAAAGCAGAAUAUAGAUUAAAACUAUAAAUUAAGUUGGUAAAAUGUCCCUUUUUAAUGUUUGCAAUUGGUGGUCAACACAGUGCUCUGAUCUGGAGGAGAAUUAUGAUGUGGCCAGUUUGUUGUGUGCCCGUUUCGGUUUGGAGGACCAAGAAAAGGAUUAUAUUAUUGUGGGUUCUCACACAGGACAUUUGAGUAUAUUCUAUCCCAGCUAUGAGGUAGAUGCCAACGGGAAUUCACCUGCUUAUAAGGCCACAGAUUUGUUAUUGGAACUAUUUACCGAAGCUCCCAUACUGGGGGUUUAUGCUGGAAGAUUUAGUGCCAACAAUCGCAAAGAGAACACAAAUCAAUUGGCUGUGCUACAUCCCAACUCCUUGGUCAUUUAUAAUGUUCUACAUGUUGGUGGCGUAGCUGAGCAUGGUGUCCAGCUGAGCUUACAACAGUUGAUGGAAUAUCGUUUUCAACGUACUGCCUUUUCAUUUUGUAAAGGUCACUUUGGCAAAGUUAAAGGUCGUGAGUUCUUUUGUGUUGUCCAUUUGGAUGGUUCGCUGACUUUCUAUGAACAGGAUGGCAUUUCAUAUGAAUGCAAAUUUCCCGGUCAUCGCGCUUUACCUACCCCAGUUGUGUAUUGUGAAAGAACAGAUAGUUUUUAUCGUCUAGCAUCGGCUUGGAAUUUGGAAUGUUAUACGUACCAAGAUCUUUCUCAUUCUUCCAUUAAUAAAUCGCAUUACCAGCCCAUAUGGUCAAUUUGUUUAGGCGAAGGUAUACUGGACAUAAAUGUGGUACAAAGUAGAAGUGAUUAUGCCUCGAUUAUGGUAUUGGGAGAAAGAAAUUUUAUGUGUCUAACGGAUACCGGAAAAAUGGAAUUUAUUUUAAAACUGGACUAUGCACCAAAAUGUUUUCAUACUUUUGUAGUGGGUUACUAUUGGGAACCGACAGCCCGUUUGGUUACCAUUAUUGUUUCUGAAUCCUCCAAAAUAUUCAUAUAUGAAAAUGCCAGCAUUAUAUGGGCCGCCCAAUUUAAGCAUGAGUCUCCUGUGGCCAUACAAAGAUCUAACCUAAUGGGUUUACCCGGAGCUAUAGUUACUUUGGGUUCUACGGGCAAAUUAAGAAUAGGCUUUUUGGGGUCGGAUCCCUAUAUAUUUCAAGUGCCUCCCCUAAAUAUGCAAGAACUAUCAUUUCAGCAGGCCAUUGAUGAAUUCAAGCAACUGGAACAGGAAAUUAAAGAAGCCACCGAUAUACAAGAUAUGGAAAUUAUCAAUAAAAAAUCCUAUGAAGAUGUUAAAAUAAAAUUUUCAAUAGAGACCACGGUUAAAGAUGAUUCUGAUACCAUGCUCUUGGACAUACCGGCCAAUGUGGCCUUAAAAGAGUUGCCCGUCUGUUCGGGCUUGCUUAAGUGGCAAUCAAACUUGGAUCUUUCUGAAUUACAAGUUGUGUUUAAUGUUCCCGAUGGCAUUAAAUGUUCUCAAGAUGCUCUCACCUACACUGAGAUCAAGGCUGGCACUACAGAACAAUUGGAAUUAGAUUUUUAUAUUGCCGACCUAUUGCAUUUGCCUACGGCUCGCAUAGAAGCGGUAGUAUCAUAUAUAUCGGUCAGAGGUAUACCGAGAGUUAUACAUCAAUAUGCAUAUUUGCCUCUGAAUAUGUUUUUCAAAACCAAACAGCCUCAAAAAGCGGCGGGGAUUAAAUUGACUUUUACUAUAAAUUGUAAAGAGGGCAAUAUGAAAUUGACCGAUUUCUUUCCGGAAUUUUGUAGUUGGGAGUCGGAUGUGCACGCUUUAGGCUUAGUGCUGCUUACAACGGCCGACGAAAGUCAAGAGGAAAUUAUAACAAUUGUGGCGGCUAAAAACUCAAAUCGUUUAAGAAUACAAUCAGAUUACUUAGAAACAUUUCCCUUAAUUAUGGAGCGUUUAAUUAUGCUUUCAAUAGAACCCUUGACCACAACCAAAAUUCAGGACCCUAAAGCUUCUAUAAGCAAUAGAAUUAAAAAUAUUAUCUCUACUGCAUUUAUACCGGUCCAACCGAUAUUACACAGAAUCGAUGUCCAUCAUGAGACCCAGGAAAAUAUAAGAAAACAAACGUUAGAAUUGGAUGAACUUUGGCAAAAAUUUAAGGAUCUUCAACGUAAAUUACAAGAGAAAUCAGAAGAUGAACCUAAAGAAACGUUGGUCAUGCAAAUUGAGGAGAACUAUGAUCACUUGAUAGCAGAAGGUGAUAAACUAAUGGAAAUGCGUAAAGAUGAAUUAAGACAACGCUGCGAUUUAUCUUGUGCUCUUGUAGUGGCCAAAUUCAUUAUAUCCAGCCUAAAUCUAGAUGAAAAAAUCGUAAAAAUAGUUACCUCUAUUUUAACCUCACCGGCUGAAGAUUGGACAGAAUUGAGUUGGGAAGAAUCUAUGGCUCCUGGCAUAGAUAUGCUGCACCAUUAUGGCCCCUUAAAUCGCUCGAAAAAUGCCACCAAUCAAAAUAAUAUGAUGGAUGCCAAUACCAGUCAUGAUAUUUUCGAUUAUACACGAUUUCGUAAACAUUUCGCAAAUUUCUUUGAACGCAUCAUACGUCUGGCUUCAAACGAAUUGAAAGUUGAGAGCAUGCAUGCGGAACACAUUGAAUUGCCCAAAAUGUCGAAAGCAGAAGUGGAGAAUGUGUCAACUACGCCGGCAGCAGGAACCGAAAAUUGGCAUGAGAUACUCAAAGUUCAGCCUAUGAAAUCUACAACGGGGGCGGUAAAACGUCUAAAACCCUUUCAUAAACUCAGCACACUUGAAGCAGUUCAAGACGACGAAGAGGAGGCCGAGGAGGAUGAUGAGGAUUUGCGUAAGAUGGGCUAUAAGAAGGAAUACGGUUGUAAGGAUCAAAUAAAUGGCAAUGAGUCAGAAUGGUUAAAUGAUGAAUUUAAGUUACCCUCAUCUGAUGAACUGUUUAGUGAUUUGGGUAUUUGGUGGUGAACGAAAUACAUACACAAAUAUUUAUUGUUCUAGUUCUUUAUAAUAAUUUUUGUAAUUGUGAUUUUGAAUUUUUAUGUGUGAAAACUAAA